CUCCGACUUGUCCUGCCAACAGCUUCCUGAGCUGCCGAACGGGUUGUCGCACUCGAGGUGGAUGGUCAACAUGUCGCCCACAUCUACCACUAGGAAUGGCAGCGACACCAUGAGCCCUCCGAACGAUCCGGGCGCGUCGCAGAAGCGCAAGAGCGAAGAGAGUGCUCCGCAAGCACGCGCGAAGCGCAAUCGCUACAUAUCCAUUGCAUGCAAUGAGUGCAAGAGGAGAAAAAUCAAAUGCAACGGGCAGACUCCUUGUCAACGAUGCGGCAAUCUCUCGCUGGAGUGCUUGUAUGCGCCCAACUGCUGCAACAACUUCAAAGACUCGGAUGAAUUCAAGCAGAUGUCUGCGCAUAUAUCCACCCUUCAAGACCAAGUUGAACAAUUAUUUGCGAAUCUUACAUCCCUGAAGAGUCAAGUCGACACACAAAGCAUGGGUUCAAUAGGAACUCCGUACCAGAAUCCAGAGUAUGCUCGCUCGAUGUCAAUUCAUACCCCUAUGAUUCCACCAUCGCCUGCUCAACAACGGAGCAAGUCUUUCAGUAAACAUCCACGGUUCCAUGGGCCCACGUCGAGCGCAUUCAACUUGGGAGUAGCCAAAUCUAGCUUGAAGACAAUGGGUAUAACUGGGGCUGAGGAUGUUGAAGACGAAGGUGUCGUUACCCAAGACGUCACUCCGAUGGGUUCUCCGCCGCAGUCAAAUGCUGCAUUGUCUAAGGGGAGCCUCCACAUAGAUAAGGAUCCCAUCUGGUCUCUUACAAAAUCGGAGGCUGUUCGAUUGAUCCAAGUUUGGCAGGAAGAAAUGGGUAUGAUGUAUCCCUUUAUGGAUAUUGAAAAGAUGCUUCGUUAUGCCGACCUGUUGUUCUCCUUCGUCGAAGCGGCAUCACGGUCCGGACUUAUGCAAGGUUCACGUCCAGGCCAUGACGCAAUUAUGGACGAUCGUACAAGUAUUUUGAAGCUGAUUCUAGCAAUCUCUCUGGUCCUCGAGGGCGGCGGAAAAGAUCCGCUAGGAGAAAAGCUAUUCUGGAAUGUGCAUGAAAGGGUCGAAAAAUCUCUCUCAGGUUCUGUUGAUUUGCAGGGAAUCAACAUGCUUAUAUUGACUGGAAUGUACCAUUUCCAUCGGGAUGACGAAGCGCUCGCGUGGCGCAUCAUAGGCUUGGCUGCCCGCCAGUGUAUUGAACUCGGGUUACACAGGCGCGAGACAUAUAGUGGCACGACAUUUUCGGAUCCUGAGGAGCAGGCUACGGCAAUUCGAACUUUUUGGUCUGUUUACGUCCUCGACAGAAGAUGGAGUUUUGGCACAGGCAUGCCAUUUGCUUUGCAGGAUGCAGAUAUUGACCCUAACCUCCCAAAACCAGAUGACUCUUUACCAUAUCUCAAUGCGAUGAUAUCAUACAGUGUGAUAGGAUCCAAAGUGUGGCGGUCCAUCGCCAACGCCGAUGCUUCCCAAUACAACAUCAACAAGGAAGAUAUCAGCUUUCUUGACUUUCAAAUCUUGAACUGGCACCGGUCAAUUCCAGAAUCCUUGAAGUUCGUCCAUCCAGAAAGUGGACGCGCCCCGGAAGCUGCGUCGCGAGGUCUUCAUCGGCUGCAAGUUGCACUCUAUCUACGAGCAAAUCAGAUGCGAAUUUUGAUAUAUCGUCCUGUCUUGCACACGGCGACAAGCAUCAUGGAAAAUCUCGAGUUCGCACAUACUGUUGUUAAGGUCGCCAAAGAUACUAUCCGAAUUCUGACCUACAUUAACCAGGUCUCGGAUAUUUAUAAGGCCCAACAAACCAUGUUCAACUACUUCCUCAUAUCUGCUCUUGCUGUACUGUUUCUCGCUGUUGCACAUGCACCAGCUGAAUUCAGCGCCCAGUGCCGGGACGAAUUCUACAUGGCGUUAGACCUCGUGCGAGGCUUCUCGUCGAAUUCGUAUGUUUCAAAACGUCUUUGGAAGACAAUCAAGAUGCUGAAGGAAAUUGGUCCCAGGCUGGGUCUCAAUGUGUCAAAUGCGGACACAGCGGAUGCGCACUCCUCUGCCGCAGUGGCUAUGGCAGGCCUUGCUGGUCAUCAAGUUGAUGAGAUGGCUGUCUUCUCAAAUGGCAGGAAUGGACACUUGGAUACACCCCACGGAAUGGUGUCGGAUCUCACAACUUUGUUCGAAGCUGCAGGCGGAUAUACCAAUGUCCUACAGAAUGGGUUUAGUUUAAGCUCUGCUGAGAUGGCAAGUGGAGAAUUCGCGACGAGUUUUGGGCACGAAGAUGAGUUAGCAAGGAUUAUGAGAGAUCUGUUCUGAGAGUGGAGCGCUUGAAUGAAAUGCAAACCUCUUUGUGUUCUUUCCAUUACAUUUUGGGCUCUUACAUCCUGUUUGCAAGAGAAGUGAUUACAAGUGCGUAUUGAAGAGGAGAAGAGAUACUAGACUAUAGUAGUUCCUUACCUUGAACAUACACUUUAAUUAGUGCC